AUGGCGGCACACCGUACAAACUCUUGCUUCCUUGAUUUUGUCACAGCUCCAUUCCACCCGCGCACAGGUUUCAAAUCUCCGUACCCUCCAAGGGGAAAUGGAAAUGCAUUGGUCCAUCAGACUCCCCAAUUUGAUUACGCAGGGGCCCCAUCUCAGCAGCUACCGGCAUCGGAGAACGUAGACGAAGAUGACGAAAAUGGUUCCUGCUCCCUUACCGCCGCAAGCGAUUUAAGUGGUUUCAGCCUCGCAAGAGGGAUAUCGGAGUGGAACGAUCCAAUGGAAGGCUCUUCUAUCAACUCCGUUGGGCCCGACCAGAGCCAAGACAACUCUUUAGGUGGAAGCGCAUGGGACCAUCAGGCUCCUCAACUUUCCUAUUCAGAAGCCUCAUCAUCCCAGCGGCUGCCCACAUUCCAAGAGAUGGGGGAUGAUAGUGGCAGUUGUUUGCCCUUCUUUACCACAGGCAAUGCCAACAAUCCCAGUAUUGCAAGAGAGGGAUUGGAAUGGGACGGUUCUACUACGGGCUCUCUUACCAACUCUAUUGAGUCCGACGUGGAUCAGGGUCCAGAUCGGACUCGGGAUUUUCCGUACUCGACCCACCCGGCCAGCCUUGAACACUCAUACCCCGAGGGGAGAAAUACGCUCAAUCCCACCAGUUUUGAAUAUACCUUAAUUGCAAGACCACUGCCAAGGCGGAGCCCCUUCGCCAGCGCUCAAACGACAAUGGCGGACGAUCGAGGAUAUGUGAGCACCCCGAGGGAGACACCAGCUUACUGGGUUCCCGGACUCGCCGACGCCAGUGUACAAGCUGCAUCGUCGGGACAACCGCCAGGAAAUGCAAUCCCUGCUCGGCUCCAACGACAUAUACUUUUGACACUUCCGGGAAACGUUCAAUUGGUCCUGGAGUUUGGUGGUGAUUCCCCUGAGGACGCCGAGGAGCAUGCAUUCGUUCAAUGA